AUGGGUUGUCAAUAGACCUGUCAAAGAUAAAUUAACAUUAUUGAGGAGGAUUACUCAGAAUCAGAAUUCUCAGAGACUUCUUAAUCUAAAAAUGACUUUGAAAUCCAUCGACUUAAAAACAUAUCUUUUUCCAAGUAAAAAGGCAAAAGAGAUAACUCAUCACUUUUGGAAAUAAUCAAACAAAGAGAAAAUAAUAAAAAUAAGGUCAGUGUGCUUACCUUGCAAAAAGAACCGUAAAAAGCUGAAAAUCAAGAGGUGUCAUUUAUCAAUGUUUGCUGCACUAAACCAAAUUAGCAAUCGAAAUUAAUUGAAAAUCUAUCAUUCAGUAUUGCAUCCUAACUCUAAUAAUCUGAAAGAAAGAAUAAAAAUGACACCUAGAUGUCCAUAGAUAGAAAAAGAGAAGAUAAUGACUAAAACAACCAACAAAGUUUAUUGAAAAUAGUCAACUAAAAUUCAGCAAUAAAUGAUUCAAGUAAAGGUGCUAUAAUGAGCCUAGAAAAAUCACAUAUUAAAAGCAGGAAAGACUAAUAAGCGAUUAAAUCUACUCUUGGGAACAAGAUCAACAAUAAAACAAGCUUUGAUGUAUUAAUGAAUUAGGAUUUUAGUAUUUUACCUAAUAAAAAGAGAUAGAACAUACCUCGAAAAAUAACAUCACCAAUAUUUUUCACUUAGCUCCAAUAGUUCAAUGUAUUUCAAAAUAUAAUAGAUGCUGAUGAAGAUUUAAAAAGAAGAGGAAGCAAUCUUUAACCUAUGAAAGUUGCUAACCUAAUUCAAUAAAAUUAAUAAAAUUCUAAGGAAAUUUUAAAUAGCAUUAGUAGUAGCAGUUUUAGUAGUAACUUUUAAGAUGAAUAGCUAGAGAAUAGGAGAAUUUCUACUAAUCUAAAAGCUCAUCCUAAAUCUAAGUUUGCAAGCCUCAAGAAAAACUGUAUUAUGGAUGAUAAUAAGUCUGAUUAGGAUAAGGAGCCCCAAUAGAAUGAGAGUGAAAUAGAUGACGAUGAAGAAGAGGAGGAAGAAGAUCACAUGAAAAUUUUAUACAAAUCGAAUACAAUUUAAAUAGAAUAGAAGCCUGAGGACAAACUUUUAAUGCUUGAUGAGACAAUUUAGGAUCUUCUAAUGAAUAAAAUUAAAAACAAAGUAGAUUAGAUAAGUAAUCUCUAAUUACCAAAAGAUAUUAGUGCUGAGAGAUAAUAAGAUAAUUAGAACGGAACCGAUAAGCAAAAUUCAGGCCAUUCACCAAAAUCAAAUGUAGAAGACUCAAAUAUGAGUCAAAAAUCUAAAAAUAAAAAAAUAGCGAGUAUUGAGUAAUCUGAAAUUGAUUACUUAGGAGGCUCAUUUCAACAAAUGGUUAAAAAAAAGUCAAAAAAAAACAACAGCAAGCUGUUUGAUAACUAAGUUCUUAUGAUGGAAAAGUAAAAUAGCAAAUCGAGAAGAAGGAAAACAAUCAAAGAUAAAAGUGGCAAAAAGAAGGUAAUAUAGACAACCAAGACUACUUCAGUGCUGUUUCAUGGAGCUCUUAACAACAAUGGAAAUUCUUCUAACACCAUAAAUAUUAAUACUCAGUACAACAGACAAGAGGAUAAGUCUGAAGAAAUAAAGCAUGAUGAUUAAACACCAUCGCCUUUAAAUGGGGAAAGAAGCAAAAACCAAAAAAGAUCACCCAGGAAAGCAGAUAGAAAAAAGAAAGAUUAAAAAAGGGGAAAGACUUAGUUGAAUAUGCCUAAAAAUAUUCCUAAUCUUAACAGAAAUGCUUAAAGCAAUGUAGUUAAAGAUGAUGAUCCUCAAUUUUUGGAAUUUCAGAAUAAAUGGAGGCAAAAAUAAAUGGAGAUGACAUACAACAGAAAGGAAUUUAGCUCUGUUAUACUUUCUAAAAAUCACUCACAUACUGAUUUGAGUAAAAAUAUUGCUGGAAUGCAUGGAAAUAUGGCUAAUCGCACUUUGAUGAAUGUAAGAUUGGCAGGAAUGAAUUCAUAAGCAAAUCUAGGAAUAGUUAGAAGGAGCUCUUCAAAAUCUAACAGAAGAAUGAGUCUUUCAAAGUAGUUAUUCAUCAAUGAGGGCAGAGGAAAGAUAGAGUAAAAGUAUGAUUUCCUAGAAACUAUUGGCUAAGGAGGUUUUGGCUUAGUUAGAAAGGACCAUCCGAACAUUGUUAAAAUAUAUGAGUUUUAUCAGGAUAAGAAAAACCUUUACCUAAUAUAAGAGUAUAUCUGUGGAGGGGACUUAUUUGAUAAAAUUAAAAAUUCUAAGGGUGGGUUUGAGGAAAAUACUGCUGCUCUUAUAAUGAAAUAAGUACUUUCUGCCGUUUUUUAUUGCCACAAAAAUGGAAUAGUACAUAGAGAUUUGAAACCAGAGAAUAUUCUACUGGAAGAUGCAAACAGUUAUAAUAGCAUAAAAGCAUAUUAUAUUGCACCUGAAGUAUUAAAAAAGAAUUAUGAUGAGAAAUGUGACAUUUGGAGUUGUGGUGUGAUGCUACAUAUUAUGCUAUGUGGAUAUCCACCCUUUAGAGGGAAACAUGAAAGAGAAAUUCUUGAAAAAGUAGAGAUUGGCUACUUUUCAUUAAGUGGUCCUGAAUGGAAAACAGUGUCUCGAGAGGCCAAACUCCUUCUAAAAUAAAUGCUAACUUAUAUACCUAAGGAGAGAAUAUCAGCUGAAUAAGCCUUAAGCUCUUCAUGGAUCUAAAUUUAAACAAAGACAGAGGUAGUCACUAUGUAGGAAGCUCAAAAUGCACUCUAAGCACUAAGAAACUUUCAUGCUGCUUGCUUAUACAUUGCAAGUUAGUUACUAACUAGGUAGGAACUGAUGAAAUUCAAGGAUAUAUUCAACUGCUUUGAUCUUAAUGGAGAUGGUAUUUUAAGCUCUGAAGAGUUAAAAGAGCUGAUUUGUGUUCAUCUACAAAUCAGUAGAGAUAAAGCUGGUAGAGAAGCCAAUAAAAUUCUUUCUCACAUUGAUAUAAACUAGAACGGAGCAGUAGAUUUCACGGAAUUUGUGAUAGCUAUUGUCUCUAAUAAAGAUAUAUUGACCGAUGAUAAAUUGUUGAAUGCAUUUAAUAUGCUUGACAUGGAUGGAAAUGGUAGAAUAACAAAGGAGGAUCUGCAACAAGUUUUCAAAGGUACUUCAGACUAAGACAUACUAAUUGAUGAAAUGAUUGAAGAGGCCGAUGAAAAAGGAAAUGGAGAGAUUGCAUUUUAGGAAUUUAAGAAGUUAAUGCUUUCUAUGUAGAAAUAUAACUAAUAUGAAACAGGACAUAUAUAUUACUAAAACGAUUCAUCAAUUAGUAACUAAAAUCUGAAUCUCACAAUGCUAAAUAAAUGA